AUGGCCCGAUUACGAUCAUCCCCCGCCGUCGCCGCCUUUGCGGCGCUUUCUUCGCUCGCCUCAUUAGCAAGUGCAACUAAGUACUCUGUCCACGUCGGCAAGGGCGGGCAGCUCAAGUUUGACCCCGAGACGCUGACAGCCCAGGUUGGCGACGAAAUCACCUAUCAGUUUUUCGCCAGAAACCAUUCGGUGACGCAGAGCUCAUUCGCUGAGCCAUGCAAGCCUCAAAGCGGAGGCUUCUUCUCUGGAUUCACCCCCAGCCCUUCUGCUGAUGUGACGGCACCGACGACAUUCACCAUCACAGUGAACGAUACGAAUCCCAUCUGGAUAUACUGCGGGCAGACAAAUGGAGAUCAUUGCCAGAACGGAAUGAUCCAUGCCAUCAAUGCACCUGCCGAAGGCAACACCUUCGACAAGUACAAGUCAAACGCCGCAAGUGCACAAAAGCCGAGCAUCUCACCACCCGACGGACUGCCAGUCGGUGGUCUGCGCAAGCUCCAUAUCGACGUAGGCUUCGACGGAAACCUCGUCUUCAACCCCAGCAACGUCACCGAACUUGUCGGUACCCUUGUCGAAUUUGGCUUCAACCAGGCGAACCACUAUGUAGUGCAAAGCUCUUUCGACGACCCGUGCCACCCUCUCAAAGACGGCUUCAGCGCCCCAUUCGUUCCCACCCAGCAGUCACCCUCUGGUGUCACCUUCGAAGUCGAAGUGACAGAUACCAAGCCCGUCUGGUUCUACUGCGCACAAACGGCUAAGACACACUGCCAGUCCGGCAUGGUCGGUAGUAUCAAUGCUCCACCGUCGGGAGACAAGACCUAUGACGCUUUCAAGCAGCUGGCGACCAAUGCUUCGCCCUCUACUAUUCAGCCGGAACAACCCAAUGUCGGAACCCUCAAGAUCAACGGCACAGCCAUCAAUUACAUCAACGGCGUCGUGCUCAAUGUCACCGCGGCACUGGGACCUAACAUGGCCGAGUACAUCCCGCCUCCAGGGUAUGAGUACUCACCAUACAUGGUCGGUAUGGCCGGAGGCGCUCAGCCUGCCAAUUACGACUGGGGUCCAUCCGUCUCGGACGAGGCUGUCGAGUUCCUACAGGCGCUGCAAUACGUCGAUAACUUCAUCCUCUCGGUCCUCUCCCAUGGUUACAGCAAGCUGAGCGAGGGCGAGUGGAAGAACGCGAACACGGUCGGCGAGUGGUUGCAAACCUCGCUGACUGCCAUCACCCUAUCCAUUGGCGUGGUUAUUGACGUUCUUUCUCUCGUCACCGACAAAGACCACUGGAUGGUCCCCGCUCUGGCUACAGCGCUCGGCGCGAAAUCCCGCAUGACUGCGGUGAUUAACAUGAUGCAAGGCCAUUUGGCAGCCACGGCGCCGCGUGAGGUCCUCAUACCUUACCAGCUGGCCUGGUCGUACAUCUCCAACAAGUACGUGCAAGCAGGUUCUUGUUCCGACGAGUUCGGCAAGUCCUACCCGGCGAUGAACAUUACCAACAAGGUGAUGCAGCCUGGUAGUGGCCGCACCGACCGGAUAACGGUUGGAAUACCUGCAGGUAGUAGCGGUAAACAUUACAUGGCUUGGGUUGGACCGUGGGGAACACUGAAAUACAGUGAUGUCACUUCUGAGGGGGCAACUACCGUGCCCGAGGAGCUGUCUGGACAUGCCUGGGCGGUUCUGACGACAGAGACAGGCUUGAAGGCGCACGAUAUCGAAAAGGCCGCAGCGACUGGACCCGAGAUGGUGUGGGUGGCCGAUCCGUGGGCUUGA